GAAGAGUUAUUUUGUAAAUAGUCCAAAAUAAAACAGCCCUGACUUCUUCAAUUUUGGUCAACUAAGAGGAGUUAGGGUUUAGGGUUCCUUUUAAUUCUUCCUUAAAGAAGUAGAACCACCUAGCUGCUCUUUAAUAAUGUCGAAUCCUCGCCGGACGGUGAGAAAUUGGUCAGAAUUGGACAGCGAUCUUUUAUCUGAAAUCGCCGAUCGAAUUAAUUGUCUGCGAGAUUUUAUCAUCUUUGGCGCGGUUUGCAGGUCAUGGCGAUCAGUUGCUUCGCCGGAGAAUUUCAACAAAACGACGAAAGCUCCGUGGCUUUUGCUUGAUCAAGAUAAGGAUGAUCACAGCUCCCGUAAGUUUCUCGACCUUUCGAAUGAUAUAAUUUACAGAAUGAAUCUGCCAAAGUAUGAUUAUACUCAAUUUGAUCUUUGGAAAUAUAGUGUUCGUUCUUCGAUUAGGGAAAAGCACUACGUUUACUCUUCAAAAGGAUGGUUUUUGAAUGUUGAGAAUCAUUUACGGUUAAGUCUUUUGAAUCCGUUUUCGCUCUCAACAAUUGAUCUACCACAUUUGGAAUCUAAAGUUUUACUCAAUUUUGCCUUAUCGUCCAGCCCAAGCGCCGCAUCAGAUUUCAUGAUAUUGAUAGCUUACUAUGCAUCUGCAAUGAGAGAUAUAAAAUUAAGUUUUUGGAAAAAUGGAGAUCGCAAGUGGACUGACUUAGACCUCAAAUUCUGUAUAUCUGAUUUGAAUAUCACAUACCACAAUGGUCGAUUCUAUAUUGUUGAUGGUGUUGAAUUUGGAGAAACAUUUGUUGUUCAUGAAAUUGACAUUCAAAAUCCUCAAUCUGUUUUGAUAAGCAGCAAGUCUUUUCCAGAUUCUUAUCCCUCUACGCGUAUUCAUUAUCCAUUUUGGAUAGUUGAAUCAUCUCGAGUGCUUAUGAAGGUCUCUUGGAGAUUGAAUUAUGUGUCAAGUGAUGUUCGUGCGAUUAUUACCGACGAUUUUUAUUCUCAUGUCCCACAUUUUCAGUUUAUAGUUGAAGAGAUUAACUUCGAGAAAGGAGAAUGUAAAAAGUGGAAGCGUUGGUGUUUACAGCAUGAUGGAUGGAUCAUACGAGCCGUUUUUCACUGACGCGGACUCUGGUUAUCGUUGUUCUAGUCAAUGGAUCGAACCAAGACCUUAACCCUUGGUGACGGGUGUAAUCGUUAUGACAUAGGUAGAGUGUUAGAGUUUUUCUACUGAUUUGAAGACCCUGGUUCUUGGCAAUAGGUAAUGGGAGUAAUCGAUUCCCGCAAGAAGUCCCUGAGCCUUAGUGAUGGGUGUAACCGAUUCCCGCAGAGUCAACUUAUAUACGUAAUGUAUGACAAAUGUGAAGUGGUUGGGUAUUUCUAAUGCUUGGCUGGUUUCAUUCCUAUCAUCAGUAGAAUAGAUUUUUCUAAGGUUUUGUCAUAUUUACUGUGUAAAUUUAACAAUAUUGUUACUUUGAUUCGGUUUGGUUUUUCGUUUGAUUUUGUUCAGUGCACAA